AUGGUGCAGUGCAAAAAAUGUAAACUGUUUUUGUCAUUGGCUAAGGAAGAAGUAAUUAAGUGUAAAGGGACUUGUGAAUCUGUAUAUCAUAAGAAAUGUGUGAGAAGUUUAAAGCAGUUUUUGCAAUCAGAGAUAUGCGAUGAGUGUCAGAAAUGUAGCUCCAAAGUAUACCUGCAGGCGCCUACCAUUGAUAUAGAUCCUGAGAAGAUUACCGUCGAAAAACUGUUAAUAGAUAUGAACAAGAAGCUGGAGAUUAUCUAUAAUCUAGAGAAAAAACUUGACGAUCUCACGGAUACUGUAGAUUUUUAUGCCGAACAAUACCAGCAAAUGCUGGAAUUCAAAAAGACUGCAGAAAAUAAAAUAAAGGCUAUAGAACAACGGAAUGUAUAUCUUGAAAAGUGCAAUGCGGCUCUAGAAGAAAGGGUAGUUAGCUUGGAGAAGAAAGAAAAAGAAAAAAGCAUAGAAAUAGCGUGCCUGGAGAAAAAUAAAGAAGACGAAAACAUACAAGACAUAGUCAAGGACGUUGCCGCAAAGUUAAGUUUGAAUCCAGAAGAUAUAGAAAGUGUUGAGAGGAUGAGCUCACCAACUACACCAAAAUCGGGGGUAGAUCGACCUCGCCCGGUUGUGGUGAAGCUGCGGUCGAAACAGGCUCGCGACCAGUGGUUGCAAAAACGAAAAUAUCGCAUCACGAAUGGAGACUUAUAUGGCAACAACAAUAACAACAGAAUUUACAUAAAUGAAGACUUAACUAAGGCCACGAGAUUGUUAUUUUGGGAGACCAGAAACCAAUUAAAACACCUAUAUAAGUACAUAUGGACACAAAACUCCAACAUACUUGUUAAGAAGAGCGAGAACGAAAAGAUUAUUCGUAUUAAAUCAGAAAACGACAUAAAACAGCUAUGCGACAAUAACAAAAAUGUCCUUGAACAUUUCUAG